AAAAAGCUGAAUUAUUGGGAACGUAAAUAUGAAAGUGGCAUCUUACUUUGGGAUGUAUUUUCACCGGAGUUGGCGCGAAGGUUCACCAGUUCGAAGACAUUUUUGCCCAUAUUUUGCACUAACUUUUUAAGGAUGUGUUCGAAAAUCUUAACCGAAUCUCCAGUAAAGAUCCCUCCUUCAGAAGAACCUAUCAUUGACCUCCAGAAAGGAUGUAAUCUCCUUGAUCCAGCUGUGAAGAAUCUAUUGGGAAGAUCCCCAUCUUCUUCACCCUUGAAACAUGGUGUGGAAGGACCCUCUGGGAUGUCAUUGUUGCCUGCAUCAUUGCUUCUUCAAAGAAGUUUUGACUUGAUGGCUUCCAAAGCAUCCUCUGAAAGCAAAAGAAAAUCAAGACCAUUUACAGUUUCCAUUGAGGGUAACAUUGGUAGUGGUAAAUCAACCUUCCUUCAUCAUUUUUCUGCGCUUCCAGGUGUAGCAACUUACCAAGAACCAUUAGGCUUGUGGACUAAUCUCAAAGGUCACAAUCUAUUAGGAAAAUUAUACGAAGAUCCACAGCGUUGGAGUUUCCUCUUUCAGUCUUAUGUUCAACUUACUCGCUUAGAUAUUCAUCUUCAAGAUACUAACUGCCCCGUCAAGUUAAUUGAGAGAUCUCUCCAAAACAACAGGUAUUGUUUUGUAGAAAGUGGUUAUGAUUGUGGUCAUCUCCAAGGUGUAGAAUACAGCAUCUUGUGUGAAUAUUUUGAUCUUUUAGAGUCACAGUUGGAUAUUGGCAUUGAUCUUAUUGUAUAUCUGCGGUCUACUCCAGAGGUAGUUCACGAUAGGAUGCUGAAAAGAGGCAGAUCUGAAGAAGCUGGAGUCCCUCUAGAUUAUCUAAAACAAGUGCAUGAAUAUUAUGAAAGAUGGCUUCUUCAACACAAGCCACGAUCCCCUCCUGCUCCUGUACUGGUUAUUGAUGCAGAUAAAGAUUUGAAUGAAGUAGUGAAAGAAUAUGAAGAGAAAAAAUCUUUUAUAAUGGGAGAGAAGCCAAUUAAGCACCCUGUCAGUGAAGAGAGAUGAGAAGUAAUAAAAUUGUUAUUUUCUUUCCCUCUCAUUUUAAAGUCAGCAUAAAUUGUAGUUUACUUCAUAUGUUACUCUAAAUUCCAGAUAUUGGAUAGUGAGUAUUUUUGUUUGAAUAAUGUUAUUUUGAAGUUGCAUGUUUUUAGUUGACAGGAAAUACCUGGAGCCAAAAUAGGUGACAGAAUAUUGUAGUAGUAAUCUCAAAAAUGCCACUAAUACUUACCACCGCUUACCACUUCCACCUGCAUUCACAUGAGGACUAGAUAUAUUGAACAACAAUGAUGAUGCAUCUCUUACUGUCCAGUUAUUACAUUUAUACAUGGAGAGGACACACGGUAGACAAAUGUUAAAAACUAUACUAUUGCAUUAUCAUAAUUCAUUCUAUAAGUGGAGAUGGAUCAUCAGGAUCUUAACCCUCCUUAUCACUAUGUUUAUGAGGAGGAGGAGCUGGUCUCAGAGCAUCUGUGAUUGCAGGGUGAUGAGAGGCUGGGAUUCUGGCUAUAACCUUUGGGAGAUAAGUGUGAUUUAUCUUCAACUUCUUUGCCUUUUAAUCUUUGGGGGAAAUUGAUUAUGUGGUGCAAUUGCUGCUUCUGUCAUAUCAAUCAAGUACCUGUAAAAUUUCUGGGGGUUUUCUUUACUUUACGUUCUAAAAAUACAUGAAAAAUAUUGAAAUGUCAAAGAAGUUGCUGUACAAUAGUAUAUAGUAAUGUUCCAAGCUUCAUAAGGUGUCUCGAUUGUUUUUUAAAGGAUUUAUUUGACUUCAUGAGGUGUUUGCAUACUUUUAUAUAUUAAGCUUUUGGAAUAUGAUAAGGUUUGUAUAAAAUAUUUCAAAAAUGUUUCAUGAUAUUUAUUGUUGGCUAAUUUGUAUAGCCAUUUUUAUCACAAAUAUAGGUGCUAAAUCCUCCUUUUUUAUUACAAAUAUAGAUGCAAAUCUUACUUAUUUUAUAUUUUCAUGAGGUCUAACAAAAUGAUCUAUAAUUAUAAGCUUUGCUGCUGUUACAGGAUUUAAAUGAAAGAAAUUAACACACUUCCAGAUAAUCUGUUGUAAAUUGUAAAUAAAGCAUACAAUGCUAAACUUAACAUUUCCAACUAACAUCUUGUUAAAUAUAUAAAGUUAAAAUAUAUUAAAGUGAAUGCCCAUCUCUUGUACAUGUAAAUAUAAUAUAACUCAUGUUUUUGGGAAAUUAAUUCACUUGUGCCCUACACUUUUUGUUAAUAUCUUUCUACUUGAAUCUUGGUGUGUUGCAGCAAUUCUUGUACUUAGCAAGUUAUUGAUAUGCAUGAAUAUAUUGAGUUUCUCAUAAAAUUCAUGUGUAAAACUCUCUCCCUGCAUUUAGUUAAAUAGUACAUAGUCUGUAAACAAUUAGCUUAUGAUAUAAACAUUCAGAUCAAGUUAUUUUGUAAAUAUAAUUUACUUAUACCUUCAGAAUUAGAAGUUAGUUUUUAAGGUUAAGUGGUCAACUUAUUAUUUCAACUUGAAUAUCAAAAAGACCAAAGCUUUCAUAUGAUUGACAUACACAUCAUACAAAAAAAAUUUUAGCUGUGAAGUUUGAUAUUGUUCAUUACUG